AUGCUUUCAUCCAUUGAAGAAGCAAUUCAAGACUUCAAGAACGGAAAGUUUCUCGUCGUUUUGGAUGAUGAAACACGCGAAAAUGAAGGUGACUUAAUUAUCGCAGGCGCGAAUCUUACAACAGAACAAAUGGCGUUUCUUGUUCGACAUUCAAGUGGCUAUGUGUGUGUUCCUAUGACUGGUGAACGUUUGAACGAACUAGAUAUCCCUAUGAUGGUUGAGCACAACGAAGAAAGAAUGCGAACAGCAUAUGCAGUAACAGUCGACUUUACCGAAGGAGUCACUACUGGAAUUUCUGCGCAUGAUCGUGCACUCACGACCAGACAAUUGGCCAACCCACAGUUAAAGAAUCCUAAAGCCUUUAAUCGACCAGGCCAUGUCGUGCCCUUAAGAGCUCGAGAAGGCGGUGUUUUGGCUCGUGAUGGUCACACAGAAGCUGCCGUUGAUUUGUGCAAACUUGCAGGCCUACCUCCCGCCGCUGCUAUCUGUGAGCUCGUUCGUGAUGAGGAUGGACUAAUGUCUCGUUUUGACGAUUGUGCACGAUUCUGUUCCCAAUGGGGAAUUAAAAUGAUCACCAUCAAAUCUCUUAUAGAAUACAUCAAGGAGCACCCAUUUUAA